CCAGUACGGUGAGAGAAAAGGCUCAAACUUCACGCGUCCUCUGCAGACUCGCUCGCUGUACGUAAAAAAACAUGUCUGCCACCCGAUACCGUCGGUUCCUGAAACUGUGUGAAGAGUGGCCAAGGGAUGAGACCAAGAAAGGCCGCGACCUGGGGACGUUUCUGCGGCAGAGGGUAGCCGCCGCCUUCCGGGAGGGUGAAAACACACAGAUCUCAGAUCCAGAGAAAUGUGACCAGAUGUAUGAAAGUUUGGCCUCAAUUAACGGCAACGUGUACAGACAGCGAUUUCCUCGUGUAAGAGACACAAGCUUUACCGGUGUGACCGUGGAAGAGUGUAAAGUUCUUUUGUCAGGGAGUCUGCAGCAGACAGACGAAGAGAAAAAGGGUCUUUGGAAGACGUUAAUGGAGAGAUUCUCCUCCAAGGCACCGGAAGAUGGACCAGAGAAAUCUGCAGAAAAAUAACUCUUUUCUUAUUGUAUGUACAGAAAUACAACUUAUUGUUCAAAUAUUGAUCUUGUCAUUCUUAUGAAAUGUUAUUACGGACCUUUUUUAAAAUUUGGUUGGUUGUAUAGGCUGUCUCCAGCCAUCCAUUAUCUAUUUAUACAAAUUAUCCAUUGAAGGUUGGAGGAUGCCAAUGCCAAUCCCUGAGGUACAACCCAGAGGGAAUGACACGCUGAAUGAAAAAGACCCAGCAAAAGGACAUUGGGUUCAGGAAUACCAUCAGAGCACAUACAUUUGACUAAGAACCCUGUAAUGAGAUACAUUUUAAAAUUGCAAAUGAUUCUUUAACCAAGGUUGAGAAUUGAGUUUGUUAUUUAUAAAAUCUGAAAAUGUAUUUGAUGGAAAUAAAGAUCAGGGGCUGAGGAUAAAGACCUCUAAACAUUAA